UCAUAGAGAGAGCUUGGGCUGCCUGUGGUUUCAGCGAGCUACACGGAAAGUGGAGGAAAUCAAAAAAGAAAUUCAAGAUGCCUUUCAAGCCAGGCCAAGGGCUAAACGCUUGCUUCGUCCUUCAGAUGGGAAUGACGAUGAAAUAAGCGACGUGCAGUGAUCGCUAUCAACAAAUCGAGCGAAGGCAUCGAGAACACUUCCAUUUAGCAACAUAUGUACCACUUGUGCUUCUUCUUUUGGCAGUCAGCCACCACUUGCUGGAGUAAAUCCACUUAGUCAAGUCCUUUCACCGAUACAGAAAGCUGGUUCAAGUUAUCGAGUAUUUCCGCACGUUCAAACAACACAGGAUUUUCUGCCUCCUUUGACAUCAACCCCAUCGCGCUUGUCGGUAAACCUCAAGGAAGGUGAGCAAGUAAGGCUAAUUCCGUGCAGUAUCCCAGCAAAAACUUGAACAAAACGCUUCACGGAACUUAGCAGAUCGUUGGUAAAGCACUGGCUCAUGGAGUUCCAUCAAGAAUUGCGACAGCAGUAAUGGACUGCCCGCCAGUAAGAAAUCAUAUUGUCGAGAAGGUGAUGAAAGUGGUCUCGAAGGAGGUAACUGGCCUAUGUUCCAAAACAAACCCUUCGCUUCUUAGAAAAACGGGAAAAGAGGAUCUGGAGAAGUUUGAUAUGGAGCAUGUUUACAAAGAGUGGCGAGAGAGAGCUCCAGUUUUUUACUCGUUCCUUCUCACUUCUGCUGCAAACAAGAGCACUAAAAGUUCCACGUGGUUAGGAAGCCUUGCUCUUGCAGGAUCUGUUUUGUUAAAACAGAGAAAUCGUGAAAUGAGCGCCACUGCUGCAGUUAUGGGUGUACUUCUCAAGAGUAAGGCAGUGGAGGCUAGCCUGAGCAGAUUCAACAAGCUGAAACUUACUAACUCUAACCAGCAAACUUUGAGAUCUCUGGACACACUGGGUGAAAACCAUGACAACUACCAGUUAAACACAAGGGAGAGGAUCACGAUGGAAAACACAGAACUGCACCUACUUAAUGAGGAGAUAAAGAGCCUAAAUAGUCUACAUGCUACUCAUCUGUCCUCUAAUUCUGGUUUAGCAUGCAACUGCAGCCAACAAAUUUCUGCACUCAGAAAACAAGCCUUCAAAUUGGAGAAGUCCUCUCAUCCUGGUUUUGUUGUUUCAUUUGACAAUUUGGAUCUGCAGUUGCAAAGGAAAAAUAUGUCAGUGCAGUCCCAAAACCGUGAUUACCACUGGGUCAAUCAUCAAAUGAUCGAGAAUCGUGUUUCUGGUGCCCAUCUCAACUCAAAAGGACCAAAGGCAGACCUCCAGGAAGUUUCCAACCUUAAAUUCCUACCAACACUUGGAGAUCAACAGCGGCAAAGAACAAACUAUAUCAUACUUACAGGAAGAAUCCUGGUUGACUACUUUGAUGCCUUGGCUCCUCUGAAGGAUGCAAUCAUCCUUCAUAUCCCCCACAAGUAUACCAAUGAAAUGACGCAGAAGUCAAAGAAGAUUCCACUUGGUAUCAUGUUCAAGAAUGAGAACAUCAAUGAAGACAUGAUGUCAAUCCUUCAACAGUUCUUUUCAUACCUGCCUAAAACUGGUGAUGGAGGUGUUGAUGGCCAGCUUUUCUCAGGUGAUCAGUUAACUGUUGAAAGGGCAGUUAAUGUCAUUUCCUCGGUAGCAAAUGGUUUUACCCCAGAAGAUCGUUUGGAGGGUAUUAACCUUCAGCUGGGUGAUUGGCAUGCUGCUGUAAAAGUACUCAGUUUAAUAUUCUCCAGAUUCUUCAGUGGAAAGUCCGACUCAGACAUAUGCACCCUGUUUUCAGACCAUACACUCAUCAACAGAAGAAAUGUAACUGGUGAUCCACAUUCUUCAUACAGAGCCAACAGGGACUUUCUCUCUAUCAUCUUCCAGUCAAGGGUGAUUGCAGCUGCAAUGACAGUGUUGGGAUUUGCUGGUAAAACAAGUGCCCCAGCAAACUACCCUCUACCAACAGGCAUGGAGAAAAUGAGGAAGACUGAGAGACUUGACUACCUCAGUGAAAUCUCUUCAAAGAUAGUCGAUGCAUUUGUUUUCCAGUCAAGUGCAGAGGUGAAUGAUCUUGUUGAUGGUGUUUUGUCCGAAGAAGAGAGGGAUGUUCUGCAGCGACAGGAACUGACUGCUGAAGGGAGAUUUCCCUGCAGAUUCCCAGGAUGUAGCAAGUCGUUUAAGUAUAAUGGCAAAACAAGAAGGAAUCAUGAACUGUCACAUGACCCACCUGUUCAGGUUGACAAUGACACCCUAGUGACCACAUCAUCAGCAUGUACCACCCCUCCCAAAGAGAGCAAACCAGGCGAUGAUGUUUACAACUACAACUGUGCUCUUAUAACAGAUUGUUUUCUUUUCUUCAACUUUCUUGAUGCCAUUAAAGAAGGGGAUGGGGCACGGAUCAUGAGACAGUACAAGUACAUUAUGCUGUAUUGCAAGGCAGAUGGAUCCCAUAGCACAAAGUAUGCCCUAGAAUGCUUAUAUCAGUUUUUCCUUGUGCAUGCACUUUUGUCUCAAAGAGACAGUGAGCGAUUUGUCUGGAACAGAUCUGUAAACAACAGUGGUAAAAAAGGCACCAACAUCCCAUUAGAUGAAGACACAGAACACAGCAACAACUUUAUAAAACAAGGCAUUAGAAAUCUAGGUCCUAAUGUCACUGAGAAUGCUGUUCAGAGAUUAUCCCAUGCAGAACGUCCAACAGCAUCAAUACUGGCAAAUCUUGAUGAUAGCAUCAAACGACUGUUACGAUCAGGCAAACAUUCCACUGCAAAUCUGGAAAGGGAUCUGAAUGAGCUAGUCAAAAGAGCAGUUGAAUUUAACAUCUUCACAGAGCUUGAGGGACGCAGCUACAAACAAUUCUGCAGCUUCAAGAGGGACAGGCUUGCCAAUUUGGAUGCCUCUAGCUUGCACCACUGGAUAAACAAGCACAAAAAAAACAUUACAUGGGGAAUUAGGGCUAGAUGAGAGUAGCACUUAAUUUCA